UUGCAAUUGCGGCUGUGACAGAAUGGGCAUUUUUGACUUCAUCAGGCUGGUGUCGCUGCUAUGGGCGCUUAUGGGAACCGUGAGCAGCGUAGAUCGAGCUAAGGUUGUGAUAAGCACAGAUGCUGGUGCUGACGAUGCUUGGGCACUGUUCUACUUGCUGGAAGCUCAUCAGGAUGUCGACAUAUUGGCCAUUUGUUGCACAAAGGGUAACACGAAUGCGACGAACGUGGCCAAUAAUGUACUACGAGUACUGGAUGCAUUGGAACGAACGGAUGUACCCGUGUAUGUGGGAUCGAAUGAACGAAUUUUGCUCCCGGAACCGCUAGCAAAUCCCAGCGAGAUGUAUUUCGGAUCGGACGGGUUUUCUGAUGUACAUUUUGACCAUGAACCGUCGCGCACACCCUUGCAAGAGGAUAAACAUGCAUUACAAGAAAUGUAUUCGCUGAUUGCACAGCAUCCAAAGGAGGUAACAUUCAUAAACUUGGGCCCACUAACAGAUCUGGCGCUCUUGUUAAAGGUGUACCCGUCAACACGAACGCUCUUGAAAGCCGUCUACUUGAUGGGAGGAAACCGUCAUGGCAUUGGCAACACGGAGAGUGCGGCUGAAUUUAAUUUCUUCAAUGACCCGGAAUCGGCUAGCAUUACGUUCAAUGCCUUCCGAGGGCCUAUAGUCGUUGUGCCAUGGGAAACGGCCUUCCGGCCUAACCUUGUAACGAGCCUUGAGUGGCGUAUGGACGUGUUGGGUCGCAGCCAUAGGACUAUUUUCGAUAUUCUCAAUCAAGUUGAACGAGUGGCAUUGGAGAAGCUGCCGGAAAAAGAGCAACUCUGGAUGCCGUGCGAUUUGCUAGUUUCUAUGGUUUUAGUGCAUCCUCAUUUGAUUACCGAAAGCAAGCGGUACGGUGGAGAUGUGGAGCUAAACGGUCGGCUCACCCGAGGCCAAUUAGUUUUGGACCACAUGAACGAGGGCAAUGGCAACAUAACGAUCAUCGACAAUUUGGAUGAAGAUAAAAUGAAACAAUUAUUAUUGCAAAUGCGCUAAUAGCAAACUGCAUAGCAAAUGCAUAAAUUCAAUUUUCGUUGUGCAAGUGUCACGAUCAGCCCUUGCAUGCCUGAAGAGAUCGAGGCAUUCGAGUACUGCACUUUGAUUUGAAUGGUAA